AUGUUUCGAAAGGAGGCAGUUCCUCCCAAAAGCACUCGCCAAGGGCGCGAGGCUGGAAGGCCUCAUUGUGGCCAGGAUGGGUUUCGACAAGGAACAAAAAGGUCAGACGCACCAACUCUCGGCCUGCUCACGCUAAGACCUCGCCGGAAAGGCUUUCUUCCCUUCAAACUACGCGAGGCGCUCAGGAAAUCCGGCCGCCUUCCAGCCUUUAACUUCCCCAGCCGCCCCGUGCUCCGCGGCCACAACCGCCCUCCGUCGCCUUCGCCUCCACCCCUUCCAGCCGCCCGCCUGCCCUGGGUCCCGCGGCCCACACGACCCCGCCGGCCGCCAUCUGCCCGGACGCCCUCCUCCCGCCCAGGCCUCCCCACCGGGCCCCAGGCCACAGCCAUCACUACCUGCCCCGGGGCUGGUCCUCCCGCCGUCGGUUGCUCCGGUUCCGGCCGCCCCUUCAAAUAUAAACCGUUGUCCCCGUCGCCCGGGAUGCCCUACUCCGCCUGCAGCCGCACAGCUCCUCCAUGCCCCGCGCCCCACAGGAAUGAAUCCGGCCGCGCUGCUCGCUCUGCCCCGCCCCGCGGAGCUGUCUGCACCCUCCCUCCCAGGCCGUUCGCGUUGCAGCAGCUGCCGCGGCGGAUGGUGUAA